CAUGCCCCUGGUGCUGCCCAGCACAGGCCAGUGUUGCCGAAACACAACACCGGCUGGUUGGAAUGGCUAGUCCUCCAAGGUUGUCCUUACUGCACUGGAUACUCCUCCUCACAGUCUCAGUUGAUAGCUCCACCGUGACGGCAUUCCAAGUUACGGAGGGGAGCACUGUUCUUUUAUCCUGUCAUUACUCAGUGAAGCAUCACGGUUUGAGCCACGUAUGCUGGGGACGAGACUGUGGAACCUUCUGGUGCAACAACAUCAUUGUACAAACAGAUGAGAACGGAGUUAUUUCUAAGGUCUCAGACAGGUACCGGCUUAUUGGAGAUGUCCUGUCUGGACAAAUGGACCUGGGCAUCCAAAAGAUACAGACGACAGACAGCGGACCGUACUGCUGCAGAGUGGACAUAGAAGGUUAUUUCAAUGACAAGAAGGUCUCCUACACUUUGACGGUCAUGAAAGCCACCACAACUGUUCCUCCAACAACUACAACAGAACCAAAGGGGACACAGACGUUGUCACCACUGUCAGAUCACACUAUAGCAGCAGACUCAUCGCUUUCUGAAAUUUCCUUGCAGAAUGUCACCCAUGUGCAUUCUGGGGUAAUGGAGGGGACGCCCCUUAAAGAGUUCGCCAUGGACUUCCUGGCGACAGCCCGCUCCUCGGGGUUCAAUCAGACCAAGCUCAAGGUUAUUUUUAACAGCUGCCUUGACGAACCCUUAGGACUCGCUGAGAUGCGGCGGUUGAAACCGCUGGGAUUCAUGGACCAGCUCAAACUUUUAUUGGAUUGUGAGUGGUCCAAGUUAUCCUCCCCAGCGGAUGUCUCCACGGGCCUGGCCUCUAUCCCAGAGGAUGGGCUUCACAGCUCGGGAUUCUGGGCCUCUCCACACGCUCCGUUCCGUCUCCUACAGCGAACCUGCUCGGCAGACGAGGAAGGAGGGAGUCGUGGGACUCUCCGUCCGAUUCCUCCGGGUCAGAACUGGGCAGUCUUCCCAUUUCUUCUCCGCAGCCGACCCCACGUUCGGUGGGUCAGUCAAAGAAGAAGAAGCCGAAGAGGGGGCUGGUCCUGUGGUCCCGAGUCCUGUGGUCCCAAUGUCGAAGCCCGGUCCAGCAACCGGCACCAAGCCCGGUCCAGCAACCGGCACCAAGCCCGGUCCAGCAACCGGCACCAAGCCCGGUCCAGCAACCGGCACCAAGCCCGGUCCAGCAACCGGCACCAAGCCCGGUCCAGCAACCGGCACCAAGCCCGGUCCAGCAACCGGCACCAAGCCCGGUCCAGCAACCGGCACCAAGCCCGGUCCAGCAACCGGCACCAAGCCCGGUCCACCAACCGGCACCAAGCCCGGUCCAGCAGAGCGCUGCCCACCCGCUGUUCCAGCCGGAAUCCAGUCCGGCGCCAAGCCCUGUCCAGCCGGCCUUCCGACCGGCGCCAAGCCCUGUCCAGCCGGCCUUCCGACCGGCGCCAAGCCCUGUCCAGCCGGCCUUCCGACCGGCGCCAAGCCCUGUCCAGCCGGCCUUCCGACCGGCGCCAAGCCCUGUCCAGCCGGCCUUCCGACCGGCGCCAAGCCCUGUCCAGCCGGCCUUCCGACCGGCGCCAAGCCCUGUCCAGCUAGCCUCUCCAGCCGGGGUCCAGACCUACAGUCCUGCAGGGGACUAAGACAGCUCUGGCGCGUCCCCAAGGGCUGGACCAUCCCCACCCAGCCCUUCCCCUUCUGGACUUCCCCUUUUUGUUCUGUCUUGUUAUCUAUAUAUUAAAUCUGUUAACCCCGUACCAUCUCGUCCUGCCUGUCUCUGCCUGCAAUUGGGUUCAUCCUUGAGAUUCAUAACAUUCCAUUCCAUUUUCUACCGCUUAUCCAAACUACCUCGGGUCACGGGGAGCCUGUGCCUAUCUCAGGAAUCAUCGGGCAUCAAGGCAUGAUACACCCUGGAUGGAGUGGAUUCAUAACAUCUUGUACUUAUUGUUUUCAUUCAGCGGAUAAGCAUUUCGUUUUUGAGUUAUUGUAUCUUUGAGACAUUGUCAGCAUGUUUUUUCUAUUGUUUUUCCUCUUACCACAUUUCGAAACUUUAAAGCAUAAAGAGCAAAGUGGAAGUUGAUAUAUUUAAACCUAUGACCAAAAUGUCAGUCUUUUAUAUUGAAUGAGGAACCAAGACUUACCCAACCAUUGUUUACAAGUUUACUAAUGACAGAUUAACAUUGUUGUGGCCGUUUUCUUCAAAGUAUGUCUAAAAAAAGAAAAUCUUUCUAACUUUGUGGUU